CUUUGUCCACUCCUUUAAUGCUUUAGUUUUAGGUAGGCAUCGAUAUAGGGACAGAAAAUGCUUUUGUUUCCACAGACUCUGCAUUCGUCUUCCAGAGCAACGGUGAUGAAUCUCUUCAUUUUCGUACCAGUGUGUGUUUUACAGCAUGGUGUGUCUGGUGCAGACAGUGUUUCAGUGUCAGUGAUGGAGGGAGAUUCAGUCACUCUACACACUGAUGUUAAAACAAGCCAGCAAGAAAAGAUUAAAUGGUAUUUUAAUGACGUUCGCAUCGCUCAAAUCAGUGACUAUUUCAGUAAGACCUGUACAGAUGUUCAGUGUAAUGAAGGUACUGAGAGAUUCAGAGACAGACUGGUGCUGGAUCAUCAGACUGGAUCUCUGACCAUCACAAACAUCAACACCACAGAUUCUGGACUCUAUCAUCUAAAGAUCAUCAGCAGCAACAGCAUCAGUGAAAAGAUCUUUAGUAUCAUUGUCCACGAUGUUCCUGGUGCAGAGCUGAAUAAAAUGCAGGACAAGUCCGUGAAGGAGGGAGAAUCUGUUACUUUAGAUCCUGCUGUAAUGAAAAACCCUGACGAUUUGAUGACUUGGUACUUCAAUGACACUUUCAUAGCAAAAAUCAAGGGUGAUCCCAGUAAGAUCUGUAGAGAUGAUCAAUGUGAAGAUGCUGAUGAGAGAUUCAGAGACAGACUGAAGCUGGAUCAUCAGACCGGAUCUCUGACUAUCAUGAACUCCAGAACCACAGACUCUGGACUCUAUCAUCUCGAGAUCAUCACCAACAGCAGCAGCAUCCGUCGACGCCACAUUAUCAGCAUCUUCAGUGAAAAGAGCUUCAGUGCUCCUGUCAAUGAUUUUCUUGUGUAUUUUAUUUGCUAUACUGGCAGUAUGCUGUCUGCUAUUUGUUGCAGGUGUAACAGGAGGCUGGUGUAGAAAACGUACCUAUAAAACAAGCACACCCCGCAUUCCUCAUUAAAUAAUCUGGUAUUUUCACCUUUCAC